AUGCGCAGGAAGCCAGGUGCCUGCCGGCUUGCGAAGAGCCGGCAGCAUCGCACGCGGCCCGGCGUCCUCAUGGUGCUGUGUCAGGGCGCCGAGGCUGCGGCUGUUGCCCCCACGGCGGGGAAGGAGCUGGAGGGGCCGCGGGGCCGGGAGGACGGUGCGGAAGCGGGGCGGCCCUGCCUGCAGCCGGCGCCCGGCGUAGAGGUGGCGGCGGGCGCCGAAGAGCGCCGCGUUUGCGGCUGCUGCCCGGGUUUGCCCUGGCCGCGCUCCUGCAAAGCACCCGGUGAGGAGGGUACAAAGAAAACUGCCUGUCCAGGACUCGGUCUCUUUUACACCUUACUGUCCGCCUUCCUUUUCUCAGUGGCCUCUUUAUUCCUUAAAAAAAUAGAAGAUGUACACUCAGUGGAAGUGAGUGCAUUUCGAUGCAUUUUCCAAAUGGCAUUUGUUCUACCUGGUUUAAUAUACUACAAAACAGGGUUUUUGGGACCAAAAGGUAAAAGAAUUUUUCUUUUCUUCCGAGGAUUCCUUGGCUCUAGUGCAAUGAUUCUUCUCUACUAUGCUUUCCAAGUAAUGCCUCUAGCUGAUGCCACUGUUAUAACUUUCAGCUGUCCUGUUUUUACAUCAUUACUGGCAUGGAUCUUUCUCAAAGAAAAAUACAGCCUUUGGGAUCUUCUCUUUACCCUCUUCACAAUCAUUGGAGUUAUUCUAAUUGCCAGACCACCGUUUCUGUUUGGGUCAAAUGUUACAGGGAUUGAAGGAAGUUACUCAGAUCACCUUAAAGGAACUAUUGCAGCAAUUGCAAGCACGGUAUCUGCAGCAUCAACUAUUGUUAUACUUAGAAAGGUGGGAAAAUCUGUGCAUUAUUUUCUGUCAAUUUGGUAUUAUGCAGUCAUCGGUUUAAUUGGAUGUGUUAUAGCAUUGUUUGUUAUGAAUGAAUGGCGUUUACCAUACUGUGGUAAAGACAGAGUUUUUCUCAUAUUAAUAGGCAUAUUAGGGCUAGGGGGACAGAUAUUUCUCACAAAAGCACUACAGAUAGAGAAAGCUGGGCCUGUAGCCAUAAUGAGAACGAUGGAUGUGGUGUUUGCUUUCAUUUUACAGAUUCUUUUUCUCAAUCAUCUACCAACUUGGUGGACUGUGGGUGGUGCCCUUUGUGUAGUAGCUAGUAGUUCUGGGACUGCCAUUCGUAAGUGGAGACAAAGCUCAAAGAAAGCUGAACAAAAUGAAAUCUAACAACACAGACACUACUUCAUUACAGAAAUUAAUAAUCUUGAAAUAUAUAUUAAAAAUAUUUAUUUUUAUUUAUUUAAAGUAUCUCAUUUAUGAAAUUAUAGUACCAAACCGUAGCCAAUAAAAGAAAUUGGUUUUAAUAAAAACAAAACAACAUCGACAACAAAUUGAAGAUGUUUUGACAACUAAUUAAGUAUAUAUGCUUUUUUCCCCUCAUAUUUGGUCAUGCAAAUACAAGAAGCAGGAAGAUUCUUAAAAGUUGCUUGCUUUACAUCUGAAGUGGAUGAUUGUUAGCUGGGAUUUUGUUUUCCUAAAGUACCUGUACCAGAUUCUCCAUUUUUUGGACCCUUUCUCUAUUCUUCUGAGCAGUGGAAUUUUCCCAGGCUUAUUUGUACUAAUCUGUGAUUGAUUAUGAGAGGGAUUUCAGUUCAAAUAGUUAGAAGGGAAUAAAGAAUUAUAAUCUUACCUCUAACUUCUGUGGAAUAGAUAAAGCUUGCACAUCUUGCACAUCUACCAACUUUCUGCUUUUGUUUUUUCCUUACUCCCCCCCUCAAAAAAGAAACAAACAAAAAACCAAAGGCAUUGGGAUGUUCUUAUUGGAAUUCUGAAAGAACAAAGGGUAUUCCAUCUUUUCAGGUCAUGUCAAGACAAGAUUAACCUUUGGAAAUUCUUUCAUCUUUGCUUUCUUAAAAAACAACAACAAUAACAACAAAAUUGUUCCUGCUUUACAGGCAUAAUAAACAAUCCUUAUUUUAGUAUGUUCUCAAUAAAUACAUCUUUAAUUACUGCAGUCUUGGUGAGGAGAGAUAAUAGGUAACUACAUACCACUUGUAAGCUCUUUCCUGUGGUAUAGAAUAUUAUGCUGUAGCUGCACUUUUCUUUACUCUAUGCAAAAGAUUGUAUUUUUUAGAUACUUAAUAUAGGUUAUUUUAAAUGCUACUUAGGAGUGAUUUCUUUAUAUUCUCUAUGAAAGUUCUUUAUGAAACUGUUUAAGUUCUCUUGGCCUUCAUAAGCUUAGGCAAAUGCCUUAAUGUAAAUCCUUUUUCCUAAGACUUUACAAGAGAGUGCACACUAUUUGUGGUUCACAGAAAAUACACAUUUGCCAACUUCAUAGCACAGAUUCUAUAGAACAGGUUUGUGCAGCACUUGGUGGGAGGGUGGAGCUCACACUCAGUGCAUCAGGCAGUGCUAGUGGGCAGCUUCACCCCUGUUUCUAUGCACGUUUUAAAUCUGCACUUAGUCACUUCUCUAACACAGCUUCUCAUGUUGAUAUGCUUCAUCUUUAGAUAAUGAUGAAUACUGAGGAAAAAGGCUUAUGUUACUGAUCUUGGCCUCCUUCACGUUUGAAGGAGGGAUAUAUAUUAAAUGUGAGGUAGGGGGGAUUUUCUUUAAUGAAUUGUUGUGUGCUUUUGGGUCUUGUCUUGGUAGUUCUCAAAGAAAAACUUCACUUGGGUCUUUGCCCGUUCCUUUGUAUCACAAGGUGUUUCUCAGUUAUUUACACACCCCAUGUCCUUCUAAAGGAGUGUGUUGUAGCCAAUAGCCGUUGCACUCUGGGAGAGCAGCCCUUGGAGAGUUGAGCCCUGAGGAAGUGUGUAUGAAUCUUCAUACUUCAAAGUGUAUCUAGAUGAAAGCAGCUAUUUUUGUGCAAGAUUUCAUUCUUUAAUAUUGUGGACAUGAGCAGAUUCCAUCCUGGUGAUAAAAUCACUUUCUGCAUAUAGCUGUCUGUUCACUGCUUUUCCCGAAGGCUGAAGUUAACCACUCCUGACAUGGUCAGCAAUAGUACGAAACUGGUUUUCACAUCUGUUUUAAAAAAAAAAAAAAAAAGCCUAAUACUAGAAUUCCAGUUUGAUUUUGCUUACUACUUGAAAUUGUAAACUGGGAUUUUUUUCUGCUGCUUGGCCAUCAUCACCAUUAACACAUUUCAAGGGAGGGAUGGAAAAUAGACUGCAUUUCUUAAUGCUUCAUUUCAUGUUUAGUAUGCAUGUGUUUGUAAGUUAACACUCACGAGGUACAGUUCCAAAGCAGUUCAGAUUGAUGUGGGUUGUCAGCUAGUCCUGGUUCCUUCCACUGGCUCAGUGUGACUGCUUAUGGGGUUAUGUGGUGAGCUGCCCCUGGAGCUGGUGCAGCUGAGUAACUUGGUUUGUAGAGUUGGAGAGGGCCAAACUGCAGUGGUCUGAACUUAAUCACUAAGUCAAAAAAUGUCAAAUGAAGGGGAGUUGGAUAGUUGUUUAAACUGCAGUAUGCAUACACUACCUUGUCAGUACACAGUUUCAAAAAAAAAAAAAAAAAAAAAGUGGGAGCUUAUAUAAAAAAAUAUCUUUAGCUGAUAUGAUUUCAGUGGUUAUGAAUCUUGUUUACAAAUAGUAGAGAAGUACACGCUACUGAAGAAAGGUCUUUUUUUCUUGCACUAAACAUGUAUGAAUUGACCUGAAAUCAGCAACUUGGUAUAGUGCCUUUUUUUAUUUAACCUUGAGUUGGAAACCCUAAUCGAGAGUAUUUCUUUACAAAGCCUGGUAACAUGGUCAAAUUUUUCUCUUCUCCCCAGCUUACUGUUUGAGAUUAUGAAAUAAAACUGGCUGAGCCUUGAUUCUUUCUGAUCAGUUUUCUUUUGUAGUUUUAAUACAGCAAAUUCCUCAGGGUCAAAUGUUAUUUUCUUUCUAAUCUUUAUGUCAAAUGUAUUGCUAAUGUUCAUCACCUUUCACGUCAUCUUACAAUCUUUACAGUAAUUAAGUUCAACACAUGUAUUUACAACAGGAAGCCUUUCCUUUGUAAUGUGAUGAAGUAUUGUUGCAUUGUAACUGCUGUUCUAUAAAGUUAUUGUUGAAUUUCAACAUGUUAAUUCAAUGUUCAGAUUUCAGUGGAGCCUGAAUAGAGAAAGUAAUAGGUAAUUAUUGGUUGUUUUGCACAUAAACAUAGAGUGAAAAAGUUUUGUUGUUACAGAUUCAUCACAAGCAUGUUUCUUAUGUUCUUUUGCUAUGCAAUUCACUGUAAUCAUCUGCUGUCUUCACUGGGACUUUGUAGCCUUCAAGCCAUACCUACAUGACUCUUACAAAAAGCUAGGAGCUAAAAAAGCUGUGUAUUGUCACUGUGCAGCAGCCAGUUACUUUCAGGAUAUACUGGUUGUCAAAAUAUGCUCUAAAAGCCCUCUCGGUAUGCCCAAACAAUGAAUUUGUCAUAUUCUUAGUGUGGGAAAGUGCAGUCUAUAUAAUUAAAAUGAAUUUCUUGCAUUUGUCUAACACCAGACAUAGAAGUAAUCUCAGCUUGAGAGCAUUGAUGAAGUCACUAGUUUGUUGUGUCUUCUGAAACAAGGCUCUUUCUCAAAUUCAAAUGCUGUUCUGAGGUGGAUCUUUCCAUAGUUGAUGAUGACAAGAAAGAAGUAAUACCCUUAAUUAUGAUAUAGUAUAAUGACCCCUGCCCUCUAUUUUCUUUUCCUUGAUGAGCUUUAUUCAGGAUACGUCUCUUGGAGGAAAGCUUAUUUCUAAAGGGGCAGCCUCUUCAGUAGUCACUUAGUUGCUAACUGGCAGUGGAUAAGCAGGAAUAAUCGGUUCUCCACUGACCAUGAUUUCUGUCCAUUCAAACAAGAGUUCACAGUGCUGACAGCAGAUGCGCAACUGACUUCAGCAGGGCUUUGCAGUUACCGACAGAAUGUUUCCAUGGUUGUAACUGCCUGUCCAUCCAAAGAAAAGUUGUGGCUUUAUGUUCCUGCAGAUGCAGAUAACCUCGGUGCAAAACUUAUGCAGUUCCAUAAAUUGUUGGUGAUAACACUUCUGUAUAUGAGAAUGAGUGAUUUCAUAUUUUAUGGGAACUGUUGUUUGACAAGAAUGGGGUAAAAAUGCCCUCUGUGUUAAGAUUUUUACUACGUCCUAUAUAUUGUUAAAUGGUAUGUUUUGUAGAAGUUACUGGCUUUGUUAUGUAGUAGUAUAUUUUUAUAGACACCUCUUAUAUAUUGAAAUGUGAAGAAUAUUUUCGUAAGAGAUUUAUAUUCAUCAUUGCUAAUAAAAUGAACGUAAAGGAUUAA